CAAGCCCGCGGUCACACUGUCGAUCAGCUGGUGUCGUGUUAAAAUUUCUUUCAAAAAAUACAAAAAUCCACAAAAAGGUUUUUUACGAGAAAAUACAUAUUGAUCGGUAGCAAAACAAGUGUUGACUGGAAGCAAAAGUGUAACACAGCCGGAGAGCAAUGGAGCCGCCAUCGACGGGCGGUGUUUCAGCCGCUGGCAACAAUACUACACACAAAUUUCAUCCGUGCGACGAGGCGGUGAUAGCCACCAAUGACGAUGCAAGCGAUUGCAAGCGUUGUGCCGUCCGCAUGGGCUACUGGAAGGACGACUACAUUGGGUACUUUGUGCGGAACCAGGAGCGGAAGGCCCCAGAGAUAAACCGUGGCUACUUUGCCCGCGUCAAGGGCGUCGAGAUGUGCGUGGAGAAGUUCCUGAAGAAAACCUCUGGAAACUGCCAGAUAAUCAAUCUGGGCUGUGGCUUCGACACACUCUACUUUCGGCUGAGGGACACGGCGCACCAGGUGAAGAACUUCAUCGAGCUUGACUUUCCCACGGUCACGGCGCGCAAAUGCUACACAAUCAAACGCAACAAGGCCCUGCUGGCCAAGAUUCACGACGAGGACGGCGAGGUGCGUCUCAGUCCCACCGAUUUGCAUGGCCCCAGCUACCACCUAAUGGGCGUAGAUCUGCGCAACCUCGACGAGGUCGACAACAAGCUGCAGCAGGCCGAGGUGGACUACACGCUACCCACCAUUUUCCUGGCCGAGUGUGUUCUGGUCUACAUUGAGGCCCAGAACUGUCGCAAUCUCCUCAAGUGGAUAGCACAAAAGUUCCAGGCCGCCGUCUUUGUCAACUACGAGCAGGUCAAUAUGAACGAUCGCUUUGGCGAUGUGAUGCUCAACAAUCUGCGUAGUCGCGGCUGCAGUCUGGCCGGUGUCGAGUCAUGCCUGUCGCUGGAGACUCAAAACCAGCGGUUCACAGACUGCGGCUGGAGCGGUGCUCGUGCCUGGGACAUGGUGCAGGUGUACGAGAGCAUAUCUUCGGCAGAGCGGCAGCGCAUCGAGCGCCUGGAAAUGCUCGACGAGGGCGAGCUCCUGCUGCAGCUCUUCCAGCACUACUGCCUUGUGGUGGCCUGGCUGGGCGUGGCCUUCCAGGACUUAGAUAUCACGGUGGAGGAGCUCAUGUCCUCGCUGAACAUUGACUAAUGGAAAGUGGAAAGGGCGAGGAGGAGCGACCAUCUGGGAUGAAUUACCUAUUGCCUGUGUGUAUGGCGUCUCUGCUUGCUGGCCCAACGGUGGUGCAGCCAUGCCAAAAGUUUUUUUCCUCUUAAUGUGUUAUUGCAAAACGAAAUCGAAACUUGUGCUCGUAUUUAAAUAUUCAUCACCAAACCACCCAAACACGCACUCACCCACACACACACACACACACGUGCAUGUGCAUUGUUUACCUAUUUUUAAAUUCUCGAUUGUUCCUUAAGCAUUUUGCGCGCUUGUUAAAUUAUUUGUACUCCAAUCAUUUGGCUCUUUUUGAAUUGGUCCUCGAGAUAAGUACAUACCAAUACCAUAACUAUAAAUGCACAUAAUUAUCUGCUCAUUCCCCCACCACCCACCACCAUUCUGUGUGCGUUUGUGAAGCGUAAAUGUAUUUUGAAAUUAAUUAAACUAAAUAUAAUUGGGAAACCGAAUAAG